GGUCGCACACGGGCCGCUCCGGGCUCACGGGUUCUUUGGAAGACUGAGAAGAAGGACCGAGGCAAGAGGGUGGCCGAGACGGGGGUGGGGGAUAGAGAGAGAGCGAGAGAGCGAGAGAGAACAAACAGUGAAGGAGGGGAGGAGCAGACAAGCGAGAAGCCAUGAAGUACCACGACGGGCCAGAAACUUAGCAACAGUGAAUGAGGACUUUUUCUUUUUUACUAUUUUUUUUCUUUUCUUUUUUUUUACCGAAGAGAAUCCUCGAACACUCCCAUUUACAGCUUCCCCCUCCGCGGCUCAACCACUGACUGGCUUACGUGAUUGCCUGCGUCACCUUUGUGCGACAAAGAAAUCACGUCUUAUUCCUGCGACCGGCUUGUAGCCACGCCCUCCCCGGCACGAAGCUGCCGUCCAUCACAACUCUCAGCCAAUGAUAUGGAAAUCCCCGCCCUCCGUGCCCUGUUCUGAUUGGCUUAGAAUCCCGAGCCCCUCCCGGAGACCGUGGCAAGAUGGCGUCUCUGGAUCGAGUGAAGGUACUGGUGUUGGGAGACUCAGGUGUUGGGAAAUCUUCACUAGUCCAUCUUUUAUGCCAAAAUCAAGUGCUGGGAAAUCCAUCAUGGACUGUGGGCUGCUCAGUGGAUGUCAGAGUUCAUGACUACAAAGAAGGAACCCCAGAAGAGAGGACCUACUACAUAGAAUUAUGGGAUGUUGGAGGCUCUGUGGGCUGUGCCAGCAGCGUGAAAAGCACAAGAGCAGUGUUCUACAACUCUGUAAAUGGUAUUAUUUUAGUUCAUGACUUAACAAAUAAGAAAUCAUCCCAGAAUUUGUAUCGCUGGUCAUUAGAAGCUCUCAAUAGGGAUUUGGUGCCGACUGGAGUCCUGGUGACAAAUGGGGAUUAUGAUCGGGAACAAUUUGCUGAUAACCAAAUUCCCCUGCUGGUAAUAGGAACCAAACUGGACCAGAUUAAUGAAACCAAACGCCAUGAAGUUUUAACUAGGACUGCUUUCUUGGCUGAGGACUUCAAUGCAGAAGAGAUUAAUUUGGAUUGCACAAACCCACGGUACUUAGCUGCAGGCUCUUCCAAUGCUGUCAAGCUCAGUAGGUUUUUUGAUAAGGUCAUAGAGAAGAGAUACUUUUUAAGAGAAGGCAAUCAGAUUCCAGGCCUUCCUGAUCGAAAAAGGUUUGGAGGAGGAACGCUGAAGAGCCUUCAUUAUGACUGAGCCAUUCUCACCCACUGGAAGCAUGAGCGAGCAGUGGCCAUUUUCACAGCUUUCCUCUUGCUGUGUGUCAAAUUACUAACAUCUCAGCCUUUCAACACAGCAUCUUGAAAUGCUGCCGUGCACCCUCACCCUCGAAUGGGGGAAUGAAAGGAAACAGCCAUGUGGGAGGUCCCAGUUUUGUCCCUGUUCUCUGUGUUCCUCACCUUUCUCUUCCUGUUCAUAGAUUAUGUAAAAGCUUCGUGGAAUGAUGCAAGAUUGUCACCAUGCUGCAGUAAGUGAGCAGUGACAGAAUACUGCAGGGAAAACUUCCUCUUGUCUGGAACUGGCAGAUUCUUACGUGUCUGUAAUUUUCCUUCCCAUUUCUGAAGGCUUAAUUAAGUACUUCAAAAAUGUAUCUGUAUUGUUUUCCCUUCUUGAAGGGAAAGGUUACCCUAACCAGCCCGGAGUUGUCCACCCCAAGUAAUCUGUCAUCAUGAAAGAAGCCAAGCGGUGUUAUUUAAUUGUCUCCACCCUCAUUAUACACAGGGCCUAAGAAUAGCAGCGCCUGGUCUCCCCUUGGCUCCUUGCAAACAGCAUGGUGUCUGGGAGAGGUGGACUGAUAGCUGAAGUUAAGUAUAUAUACACAUGACUAACAUAUGGAGAACCGACCACAGAAGGAGAAGUCUGGGAGACAUGACAGCCCUCCACUCUGUGGUCUCCGCUGUCAGCAGUCUCUUUAUAUUUUGCAUUUGGAGAUAAACGGUGAAAUCUUGACCUGCACAAGAGUAAAAAGAGAUUUACAGCCUC